UGUCCGCUUAGUUGAGAAGAGGUCCUACUUGCCCAGCUCCUGUUGCAUCUGUCCAAUUUUCUGAUGAAAAAAGAAAUAAUUUUUUGACGAAAAUACAACUUGUUUUUAACAAGGUCAAAAAAGGAUUUUUGACUUCGGGACCGCCAUCUGACUUUUGCUGCAGACGAAAACUCUAGAAUCAUGGAGCCGAAUGCCACCGCGGGCGGAGCUGAUGAACAGCUCCAUGGAGACGACCUAGCAAAUGCGCCUGGUGACAGUGAACCAAAGGUUGAGCUGGAGAUGGUGCCAGCCUCAGUGGUGGAAGAGGAACUUGAAGAGCUAGCACAGCAUCAGCCCCUGGAGAGAGAGGACCUCGACUUUGAGAAAUGGAAACCUAAACCAAAACCCAAGAAGACCUUCAGCCAAAAGAUAACUGAGACGAAGAGGUACCUGUGGAACCCUGAGACACGAGAGUUCAUGGGCCGCUCUGGGAAAAGCUGGAGCCUCAUCCUCCUAUUCUACUCAGCGCUGUACAUCUUCUUGGCGGCCAUGUUCGCAGCCUGCAUGUGGGCCCUAAUGUGGUCCAUCAAUCCCUAUGCCCCCACCUACAAUGACAGGGUGAUGCCACCAGGUAUGAUGAUGUCGCCACGGGGGCCGAACGGAUUCGACAUCGUCUUCAACGCUUCUGACCGCAACACCUGGGAUAAAUAUGUGAAGGCCCUGGAGGCCUCUCUAAAUCCGUACGACGACUCCAUUCAGGAGCAGCGGAACAUCAACUGUACGCAGAGCGUGUACUUCAAGCAGGACGACAAGGAGGAGAGUGCCGAGCGGAAGGCGUGCCAGUUCAAAAGGUCUUCGCUGGGGAAGUGCUCGGGGGACCCGGACAGAAGCUUUGGAUACGCUUUAGGAAAGCCCUGCGUUCUCCUCAACAUGAACCGGAUUCUUGGAUACUUACCAGGCCAAGGCACUCCAAUCAAUGUGACCUGCUCAGCUAAGAAAGGAGGGCCAGAAAACCUUGGAGAGAUUGAGUUCUUCCCUGAAAGCAUUUUUAACCUGAAGUACUACCCUUACUAUGGAAAGAGGAGACAUGUGAACUACACCAACCCCCUGGUAGCUGUGCGCUUCCCCAGGGUGCAGCAGGAUAUCCAUUUCAGUGUACAGUGCAAGCUGAAUGGUAAGGGCAUCAUCAAUGACUCUCCUAAUGACCGAUUCCUGGGCAGCAUCACCUUCUCUCUGGAAGUGGGUGCAUAGGGGGCACCUUUGCAGAGUGGAAGUUGACUGGCUGGAAGUUUCUAGAUAGGAGUACAUUGUGCUGUUGAAGAGCCAAGAGGAUCCAGACUGAGGGGCAUGGAUACUUUAGAAAGGCCUCUUUCCAUCCCACCUCCAAUGCAUUACACUGUCUGAAAACAAUACUUCAACCCCCUCCCUGUACCAGUCAAACACAGUGCAGUCUGUAUGUAUUUGGACAGUGGUAUAAUUUCUGUUAUCUGUUAUUAUCUUCUACUACAGCAGAUUGGAUUUUAAAUGAAAUAAUGAGUAUAAGGUUAAAGUUUAGUCAUCUUUAAUUUGAGACUAUCAAAAACCUUUUAUCAAGACUAGAAGCUGAUAGCUGUUAUACCUUCAUUAAGGAAGCAAUUUAAUUCUCGACUAAUCAGAAACAGCUGAGAAGCCAAUUGUCCAAUUACGUUUGGUCCCCUAAAAUGGGGAUACUAUGUAUAAAAAGGAGAUGUACACAAAUUACUGUAUAUUUAAAAUCCCAUGUGUUGGAGUCCAGAGCCAAAAGAACAGAAAUUGUACCACUGUCCAAAUACUUACAGACUGCAGUGUAUAUAUACCUGCUCAGUGCUACACCAUAUGCCUUAAUGUUCUAAUGUUGUCUUGCUCUGACUUGUGUCAACUGAUGAUCCUGCUGAACAUGACUGAAUAAGAACUCCAACAGAAUAAAUGAUACAUUGCUUUGCCCGAUUCUCAUGAAUAGCUAAUGCAUGCCAGAGGUCUCAUAAGUGUCAUCUACUAAUUUCUAUUGGCUACAGCUACAUCCGUAGUAAUGCAGUUUAAAUGUUCACAAUACACUGAAAUGCUAUAAAAUGUUAAAUGUAUGCUACCCACCCUAUGCCAGAACAGUGUACGACAUGACUGGUGGUGCCUUUUUGAUUCCACCCUUUGACCCUACUGCCCUGCUAACCUCAUUAAAUGGGAGCUGGAGAAGAGUUACAAAGUAACAGGGAACACACAACUGACACUAGACAUAUAGUGUCCUCUAAAAGUAUGGUAGUUAAGUCUGUUCUUUUUGCUGCAGAAUUUAGAGAUCAAAAGAUGAAUAUGAGACAAAAGUACAGACAAUCAGAUUUCUUUUUUUGUAUUUACAUGCAUAAAUGUUUUCAUACACAUGCAUACCAUUUUACAGAAACAGCUGUUUUUGUGUCAAGUCACCCAAAGUAAAUCAAAGCAAGUCUAAUAUUUAGUUGUAUAGCCCUUACAAGCAAUAACUGCACCUUCACUAAGGCCACUUACUAUUGAUUUAUGUUUGGGGUGAUUGUCUUUAGUCUCCUUCCUCUUCAGCAAGCGGAAUGCAUGCUUGAUCGAAUUUAAAUUAGGUGGCUGAAACUUUUCACCACUGGCCAUUGCAUCCAUUUUGCUUUGGAUGAUGAGGCAAUUUAUUUGAGGUAGGAUGAAGCUACCCCACUGAGUCUCGCAGGAAGAAGUGGAGGAAUUUCUUCAUGCAAAGUCACACAUUACAUUUCAGAAUUAAUCUUACUAGUGCCAUCCUGUUACAUCAUCAAUGCAGACAAGUAACCCUGUUCCGGAGGCUAUGACACGAUCCCCUCCAUAUCUCAUUGAAGAGGUGGAUCAUGGAACAUAGGCUAUUCCUUCUUUUCUACACAAAUUCCAUCGCUUUAGGAAAGGUUUAUUUUGGUAUCGUAUAUCCAUGAAACUGUUCCAGAAAUCAUUUGGCUCAUCUCUGUACUUUUUUAGCUAAUUCUAACCUGUCCUCUCAAACCUUGAUGCUGCUGAGACAUUUGCAUCAAGCAGUGUAGCCUCUGAAGACGGCUGAUGUCUCUGCCCAUUGUUUUAGGGUUUUUCUUCACAGACCUUAGGAUUGAUCUGUCAUAAGCUGUAGCAAUCUUCCUUGGCUGACUUGCAGUGUUUAUUUCUGAGUCCACCAAUGGCUUCUUUCUUUUUCAAUACCUACCCAGUUUCUGCGCUAUCCUUCCUAAUCAGAUGAAAACAGAGGAUAAAACCAAGACUAGACACUCACUGCUCUUUGUGUGUGUGAACAAAACAAAACACCUGAGCAACAGUUCACACCCGUCAGUCAUUGGUUAACUUUUGCACAGCUGAAAAUGGAGGGACUCCAUACAAAAACAGAUGCUUCUGUAAAAUGUUAAAUAUAUGCACAUCAAUAUCAUGAAAUAAAAGCUGAUUGAUUGCGCCUUUGCUUCGGAAACAUCUUUUGAUCUCAAAGCCAACUACCUUAAGUUCAUAUUAAAAUUAAGAAAUUUCACUCUACCAUCACCAUACUUUUGGAGGGCACUAAUUACCUGUUUCUUUGUAACAAAACAUUAUAACGAGGCAGUGUAUACACUUCAAUUGUCCUGCUAUUUUUUUUAGCUGAUAAACUUUGCUUUUGAGUCAGGUUAUAUUUCUCCAAUGUUUUUAUUGGCUAGAUGUAUCAUUUGUAUCAUUUAAACCAUUCACAGCUUUCUGUCACAGUCACUGCAGUGGUCAUAUGAAUUCUGUAUGAACGACUGUAGGUAGUUGUAGCUGAAAUAGUUACAGCAUUAUGCAAAAACAGCUCAAUACACUGCUGUAAUUUUUAGGAACGCUAGAAUUCUUUGACUGUUAGCUUGUUUUUAUAACUAUUUUCACUAAUAUGUUGUUUUUUUUUUUACCACUUAUUUCAUUUUUUCUUGUCCAAGAAUAAAAGGUAUCAGUCUUUCCUUA